AUGUCCAGUCGACCUAAAAAUCAGACUCAAUCAAAAAAAGCCCAAAAUACAAAUUCUAUGAAAGAAGUUCUCCAGCAAAGCCAACACACAAAUGAGCUUUUAAGGAUAAAUAUUUCUAGAGCUGAAGACAUCGCAAUAAUAAAAGCGAUAUCAGACAGAAAAACAGGUAGAUUGAGACUGCAGACAAAGCUGGCAGAAAAAACGCUAUCCGAGGCUGAGUAUAAAGAAGAGUGAAGGUUAAUAAAAGAAGACAGCAUUUUAUCGCACCUAAUUAAUGUAAAAUUUGACACGCCUCCACAAAAAAAGCAUCUAGAAAAAAUUUCAAGAAAAAUCCUGACUCCCCCCCUCCGUGAGUGAACAAAAAAAUUUUGUUCACUCACGGAGGGGGGUUAAAAUUUUUUUUUUUUUUUAAAACAAUUUAUAUAUAAAUUUUAUAGAAAAUAUUUUUUUCGAAAUUUAAAAAAAUCCUAAUUUGCAAAAAUUGGAAAGCAAAUAUUAAUUUAAUUUAUAAAAUUUAUGUUUUAAAAAGCAAUUUGUUUAAAAUUAAACAGAAUUAGCUCGAGAUUUCAUUAUAAUAAUUAUCACUUAUAUAUCAAUUUUUUUUUCACUAAAAAUUUUUCUAUUAAAAAAAUUUUUGUUCACUCACGGAGGGUGGGUUUUGGGCAAAAAAUGGCGAUUUUUCUAAUGGUUUUGUUAACUCACUCAAGGAGGGGGGGAGUGAGGGUUAAUAUGCAGUUCGAAGACGACCCUGAUGACAACGAUCUAAAUCUGUCAGAAAUUCAUGUACAAAACAUAAUGAACGUAAAAAUUGGCCCUGAAAAUACGUUUUUGACUUAUAAUGAGAAAGGUGAAACGUAUGUUUCAGUUCCACAAGGCUCAGUUAAUAUCUCCACGUGGCGAGAGCAAUACUCCAAGCCAAUCAAAAUUCUUGAAGCCUGCUUAUAUGGAGAAAUUUUGAAUGUCUUCAACGUUUUAAGUCAUUGUAUAAAGCAUAGCCGACAAAAUUUUGAAUUAGAAGUUCUGAGGCAGCGAGCUGCAAUAGAGCAAGGCAUAUCAACGACAGCUCCUAACAUAUCUGUUAUAAUAACAUCAAAGCAGCAAAACAAAUCUUCUCUUAAUCUGUCAAAAAAAGUAUCAAAUUCGCCUACAAAGAAAUCAUCUGCCCAGCCUUUGCCUGAAAUUGAAUGAGAGCCAUCUAUGGUUAGGAUGCUUUUAGAUAAUAAUGCUGAAAUUGAGAAAGGGAUUAAAAGCUUCAUCAUAGAAUAUAACGAAAGACAAGCUAGUUAGUUAUUAAGACUUAUCGAAAAGUUCGCUGUAAUUCUACAAGGACUAUCUCCAUCUGUAACUCUUCCAGCCUGUCCGCCAGUUCUCGUUACAUGACAUCGGAAAAGGUCUCUCCUGCAGGACAAGGGUCUGUACUUGCUACAUGAUUCGUGGGUGAGCCAUGCCGUCGUGCCAUAUAUCAAGAGAUUUGUCUACCAUUAAAAAUUUAAAAGGCUACCAAGCUUAGCUCCUGGUUUCAUGAUGGGGAAUAGUUCUGGUGUUUAAGACGAACGCCAUUGGUUUUGCUUUUCAACUUCCGACCCAGUUCCCACUAGGCAAAAAUAUGGCAUUGGAAUAAAGUAUGCGGUGGGCCAAUCAUACAUUGCUCUUCGCCAAAACAAGAAAAGCCUCAUUCCCGAAUGCCAUUCCCCUUCCUCAAGGUUUGUGGGUUGUCAACUAAAGCAGUUAAGAGGGUUGAUGUCGGUUCUCUGCGCCAUUCUAAUGUAUAACGAAAGACAAGCCAAACAAGAAAGUGAUGGAUUUUCUGCAAAAGAAAAAACAUCUCACACCAAAGCAAUAAGAGCAAGGAAUUAUGAAAAAUAUCCUCCUGUUAAUCCUCUAAAAGCGGAAUAUCAAGAAGUUGUUUUGUCGAGCGUCAGGACCUUAAAGAAAAUGCAAACAAUACCUGAAAUUUUAUUUGAUUUGGAUAACCCUUAUUUUGACGAAAAACUUACUGUUGAGCAAAGAGUGAAAAUUAUUCACUCAUGUGUAGUUAUACAAAAAGCAUGGGAGAAGAAAAAACUCAAAAUUUAUACAAAAUCAGCUAUAAUGAUCCAAGGAGCUAUCAAAAUUUUCUUGGCAAAAAGAAAGCUUUUCCUUCGGAGAAUAGACGGCUUUAGGAGAGUAUUUUUCUGGGAGCGCUUAAAACACUGAUAUUCGCUUCUUGCUAACAAAUUCAAGGAAAAGAAAUCAAAAGUCAAUUUUAAUAAGGAAUAUCUUCAAUACACAUAUCAAGUCAGAAUAAUUCAAAGAAUUGCCAGAGGCUACAUCGCCCGAAAAACGAAAGUGUAUUGGACAAGAAAACUAAAAGAAUUUGUGAAAAGAAACACAUUUACUGAGAAAUACAGAAAAAAGCAAGCUCUUUGAAAAGUAAGCAUAGAUGAGGAAGAAGCUUCAUUGAAUAACACACAAAAUAUUAUGGAGGAGCUUCUAACAGUAAAGCUUCAACUUGACGAUAAAAGCAAAAGAAGAAAUGAAAAAGACUUGCUUGAAUAUAUAAACAAUUUAGAAAAAUGCAAAAUGGAGUAUAGGCGGCAGUAUAUGACCAAAGCUAGAAAUAAAAGGCUUCAACUAUUAGACUAA